AUGGACACUGCCUGUAAGAACCRGCCCCUAGACCUCGUCUUCAUUGUAGACAGCUCCCGUAGCGUCCGACCUGAAGAGUUUGAGAAAGUGAAAACCUUCUUGUCAGAAAUGAUCGAUACUCUGGAUGUUGGUGAAAGAACAACACGCGUGGCCGUCAUGAACUACGCGAGCACCGUCAAGGUGGAGUUUCCCCUCCGCACUUACUUUGACAAAGGCUCUCUGAAGGAGGCCGUGUCUCACAUUGAGCCCUUGUCUGCUGGCACCAUGACUGGCCUUGCCAUCCAAACUGCCAUGGAUGAAAUCUUCACCGAGGAAAUGGGCAGCCGGCCAGCAGCCUUCAACAUCCCCAAGGUGGUCAUUGUUGUGACAGAUGGACGGCCACAAGACCAGGUUCAGGGUGUGGCGGCGAGCGCCCGGACAGCUGGCAUUGAGAUCUACGCGGUCGGGGUGGGCCGGGCAGACCUGGAGUCCCUGAGGAUCAUGGCCAGUGAGCCCCUGGAUGAACACGUCUUCUAUGUGGAGACCUAUGGUGUGAUCGAAAAGCUGACAUCCARAUUCAGAGAGGCCUUCUGUGCUGUGGACACGUGUGCACCUGGAAGGCACGAAUGUGAUCAGAUCUGUGUGAGUAACAACGGAUCCUAUGUCUGUGACUGCUAUGAAGGCUACACCUUGAAUCCAGACAAGAAGACUUGCUCAGCCUUGGACAUGUGUGCACCUGGAAGGCAUGACUGUGCCCAAGUCUGUGUGAGGAAUGACGGAUCCUACAGCUGUGACUGCUAUGAAGGGUACACUCUGAAUCCUGACAAGAAGACUUGCUCAGGAGCCAUAAUGAGCAGCCUCAUAACAACUGAAGAGUCCUGUAAGUGUGAAGCCAUAAUUGCCCUCCAGAACUCAGUGACCUCACGCCUCAAAGCUCUGUCCACAAAACUAGAGGAAGUGUCUGAGAAGCUGCAGGCAUAUCAAGACCGACAGCAGAUUGUCUGAGCUACCAUUGUGCUUGUUUUUAAAAUAAUUUUUAAGAAUCAAACCUUUUUACUGUUUUCAGCAAGCUUUUUUUUCAUUGCACAGCUUACAAAACAGCAGUUGGUUUAUUAUUAUUGACAAAUAUCAAGAAGACUUCAGGAAGACAAGAAAUACUUGAAAACACAGUGAGUAACUCUGAGGAUCAUCAUGUACAGUCACUUUAUAGCCAUAAAGCUACCCAUACCUGCUGUGCUUCAGUWCUGCAGAUACUGCUUUUCUGUAGUAACUCCAUUUUUUUAUUCUCUUACUUCAAAGUAAAUACAGAAAAAUAAAGAAUGGAUACAGUAUAUCAUACUAUAUAAAACUUGGAAAUGGCUAGGCAGAAUGAAAAAUGGUGCCUAUGUCUUCUUCCCAUUAAAUGGGAAAGUAAGUUGGGAUCUUAUAACUUAUUUUAAUAAAAUACAAUAUGAUAUGCACAUUGAGGUUGGAAGUUAUUUUGUAUUCAACUUAAAGGAUGAGUGUUUUGAAAUAAAGGGUUUCAAAAAGCCAAGGAAAAACCCUCAAAUAUAAAGGAGGCAUAAAUGGAAGAAUUAAACAGAGUACUGUCCCAAGACACAAGUUUGGAAAAAGAAGCAUUUGAUUUUAA